AUUUUAGUAGAAAAAUGCAUAAAAGUUUUUAAAAAAUUUAUAAUUAAAUUUUAUCUAGAAACGUACAAUGAAACAAAUUGCUUAAUAAUUACGAAAGAGUGAAUGUUUAUCCCAUCCUUUUUUCUAAAUUGGGUUGUACAAUUAAAACCGUGACGGUCUGUAUUUUGAUUCGGUGUUCUCCAAGUUUUGGUAUCCAUGGUCACAGGUUGAAUAGCGAUUAGUGUUUUUAAUAUCUAUAGGCUUGAUCUUGUCUUGCAUAAAGCACAGUUAUUAAAUAACUAAAUUUUCUAUAAUUUCAUAAAGAAAUUACUAUAUACUUUUCGCUAUGGCAACUGAGAUAGAUGAAACUUUUAAAAGAAUUCAGUCUCACAAAGGUGUAAUGGGUAUCAUUGUUUUGAAUACAGAUGGCAUCCCUAUUAAAUCUACAAUGGAUAAUAAUUCGACUAUUGAGUAUGCUGGCUUGAUUACCCAUCUUUUAGACAAAGCUCGACAAACUGUGAAAGAAUUGGAUAAUACUAAUGAGCUUACUUUUCUGCGAGUUCGAUCUAAAAAGAAUGAAAUAUUAAUUGCACCUGAUAAAGAAUAUAUGAUGAUUGUUGUGCAAAAUCCAAAUGAGUGAAUGUAUUGAAGAUUCUUUUAUUUAUAUUAAUUUUUAUAAUAAUAUAUGCUUUCCACUGUUUAUAAAUGUAACUAGUCUGUUUUAUGCAAAAUUUUAUCUUUAAAAAAUUCAGUUUACAUUGUAUUCUAAUUAAUUAAAUAAAUUUUUGUUCAUUACCUUAAUUUACUAUUCAUAUUUCUUUUGAAUCAUAUGAAAGAAUUACACCAUUACAUAUGCCUAUUACAAGAAAAAAGAAAGAAAAGAAAAAAAGAUACUGCUCGAUGUUGUAAUUCAUUUUAUGUUGUAUGUAUCAAAUUUUAGAU